AUGCGAUAUCGGCUGUUACAGUAUGGCAGGAAUGGGUUUUCUGCAUUUACGUGGAGAGGUUGCCCAAGCAUACCAUGUUUCAGCAGAGCAAGAUUUCAGGGUUAUACGUAUCAAAAGAGAAACUUUUCAUUGUUUGUACCAAUAGGCAGUCCACAAAACCAAACAGAAAACAAGAGAUACGUAGGCUCGGUGUAUGAGAAAGUGCCACAGCUAAAACAGCUGGUGGAUGGAAUGCCAAAGCGAGAUUUACCGUACUACGAACAACUUAUGGCUUUUGAUGAAUGCUUAGCACAUAAUUCAUCGUUUGAGAGCUCUUCAGGAAAGAUGCUAGAGCCAGAAAUGGGAUACUGGAAUGCGGUGAAGCAGGUAAUGCCGUUAUAUGAGGAGCUUCUACCGACUGGUGAGCUAGAUGAGCAUCGAAUGGAUGAGUUGGUGUCACUUUUGAGAAAUGGACUUCGUGUUUAUAGAUGGGAACUUGUCAGACUUCGAAAGAAUGUUGACAGGGAUGUGAACAGUCCACUAAAGCGGUUCCACAAGCUUUUAGCAGCUUCCUUACUGCAAAUAGGCAACGAUUUAGUGGCGAACAACAGCCCUCUUACCAUUAGUUCAAGAGGUGCGACCAACUUGUUUAAAGCAUAUGGUGAUUUGGGAUUUGGAGAUGAAGCGUCCAAGAUAUGGAGCAGGGCAAAGGAUAAAGAGAACUUGAAGGAGGCAUUUACCGCGGAAUCGGCACUAGGAUCCAUAUUUUCUUUGCUGGUGGAUACGGAAAACUUUGAUUAUGAAGAAACAUGGUUGACAUACAGCCAGAUUAAAGCACAACAUACAAAAUCGGAGGGAGACUACAUACACGGUGAGCUCCAGCUUGCCGUUUUGAGGGCUUGCCUAAUAAAGGGACACCUUGAGCGGGCAAGCGAUAUCUUCUCUGAGAUUACUGCAAAAGUGAUAAUGGAGUUUAAGAAGAAGAACGAGGUGGUGCCAAGCCGAUUGCUCGGAUAUAUGACCAAGGGCCAUCUUGACUUUAUAGGCUUCUGCACUGAUUAUUCCACAGCAAGAACAUUUUUUGAUGCUGCAAUCAGAGGACAGCUUCCAUACCCGAUUCCGCUUCAGAUGGAAGCAGUUAAGCGCUUUAUGCUCAACACAUACUCGGCAACAAGAUCUCUGGAGAAGGUGGAAGAUAUUUGGAUCUCUUCCUGGAAGUUUUACCAGUCACAUAGCUGGUCAAACUCUUCUAUGUCUUCGACUUUGAACAAUACAUUCAUGGAGAUCUUUUUCGACAAACAUGACACUUUCAACGAACAAGCGGCACUUGAUCUUCAGCACUCAUUAUCGCUCUACAAUGAGGUGAAACCAUUUGACGAGCCUCUUUUCAAUUGCCUUCUUAUUCAAUCCAUGGUGUGGAAAAGCAAGCCAUUCUUUAAGUCUUUGAUACAGGCGUCAAAUAUGUACAAUUUCCCGAAAACAAGUGUUUUCUACAGAUGCUGCUUAAAGGCCACGGGUGUACUUAAUGUGGCUGCUUCGGAGAUCUUUGAUCUCUUUUCAAACUUACUUGAUUCGGAUCUUGCCAUGGGUGCAUCCAAAAUAACGAAUGCUGAUUGGUUUGCACUUCGUGAUGCCACAAUCCGGUCCAGGAAUGUCAGUUCUGACAAGAUCGACCUCUACUUCCGAAUGUGGAAAUUGUGCUCUCCAUAUUUUACCAGCAUGAAGAAUUUCCGCAUGUAUAUGCGAUUCGACAUUAAGGAAAACAAGAAUUAUAGCAAGGUGUUCAAUAAUAUCGACUCCGUUGAUACUAGAGAUGUGAAUCUCCCGCAGCUUUCUCGGCUGUCGGCGAAUAAGGAAAUAUUGGAUUACUACAGGGAGCGGAUGGAGACCAGAACACGGUAA